AUGUCCGCCUCGGCCUCGGGCAGCGGCCCCGGCCCCGGCCCCCGACCCGGCCCCCAGCACAGCCAGAGCCAGAGCCGGGCCAUCCCCACCCGCACCGUGCCCAUCAGCGACGCCGCGCAGCUACCUCACGACUACUGCACCACGCCCGGGGGGACGCUCUUCUCCACCACGCCGGGGGGAACCCGAAUCAUCUAUGACCGAAAAUUUCUGUUGGAUCGUCGAAAUUCUCCCAUGGCUCAAACCCCACCUUGCCACCUCCCCAAUAUUCCAGGAGUCACCAGUCCUGGCACCUUGAUUGAAGACUCCAAAGUGGAAGUGAACAAUUUGAACAAUCAUGACAGGAAAUCUACUGUAGGGGAUGAUGCUCAGUUUGAGAUGGACAUCUGAUCAGUCUCCAGAUGACAGGAGAAGCAGCAGCUCGGAUACCUGCGUGUACCUGAUUUGACCAAUAGGCUUGAGAACUGAAAAGACAGAAGAGGCAGUAGCAGCAUCCUCCACUGCAGUCUCCGCCUCAUCCUCCAGGUGCCAAAGGAUCAGAAGACUAGCUCCCCUUCGUUGACUUCUCUCCUCUGCUCCAGUUUCCCUUGGCCCAGUCUGACUGAAUCAAGGCCCCUCGAAUAUUCCUGAAUAGGCAGAAGCCUACAUAGGAAGGGAACUGAACCUUCGCUCUCCUGGUCAUCUUUCCAUCAACGUGGAAAGCUCCCUUCCAUCCCAAGCUAGUUGUCAGUUACCAGCUAUUACAGAGCUGGGGAGGAAUAUAGAAGUAGGUUUGUUGGAUUCAACGUUAUCCAUUUCCCUUCCCCUUUGGCCUUCUGUCCCUUGUGUGUUUCAGUUCUGGAUAGUCAGAAGGCAGGUUGCUUGCAUUUUGACUUUCAGAGCUGUCAAGGGUAGGAGGGGAAAUGAGGUGCUAGUUACCUUGGCCUUGGGUGCCCCUCAAGGGAGGAGCUUGCUCUCAAAUGCUUCUGUGAAACCUGGGUUCUGACUCCCUGUCCUCUAAUGCUCCAUUGCCUAGCCCCUUUCCCUUCCCUCUGCCUUCUUUCCUUUGGGGAGGUGUGUCCUCUGUGCAGGGCACACCCCCAACCCACUAUCCAUUCCCCUUACCUACUCGUUUGAACAGAACUUUUUUAAACUUUGCAUUAGAGGGAGCCAUUAGUACACAGCUAUUGUGCCUCUUCUCUUAUUCCUUUCCCUUGAAAUUCCUGUUUGCAGAAACUGAUUUCCCUCGUUCUUCUCAAAUGUCUCAGUGACUCCAUCAGCACGCAGAGCAGGUCUGCACCAAGGUAAAGGGGCAGCAUUGGCAUCUGCUUUGUGGAUGGGUUACAUGGUUGUUCCUUCUUGGAUUCUAGAUUUAAACUUGAAAAAUGACCUCUUCCCUGUUGGCUUGGGAUGCAUUUGGAGACCUAGUCUCAAUAGUCAACUUCUUUCUCAGGUUGGCAAACAAACUUUCCAUCCUCUCUGUUGCCCUGGUUUCAGUCUUGUAUUCUGCAAGUGAGUUGGGAGUAGAGUUUGAGACUGAUCUGAGAACUGACCCAGACUCUCUCCUGGUAUAGUUCUGCCUUCUGUGGCUGACUGAUGUAGAAUUGGAGAUAAACAUGGGCUUAGUUUCACCCUUGCUGUCUUUCUCUCCCUCUUCCUCCCCCAGCUUUCCUACUGUACUCUAUUGUUUCCCUGUAUUUUUUCGUUUCUCUGCCAGUCUGUUUUGCAGCCUGACAUCAGAGAUACCUUGCUUGAUCUGAGUUGGUAUCUGAUAACAUCUGACACUCCUCGCUUAGGAGUGAACCUUUAUUUUUAAGAUGACUACAGACAUAUUUUCUAGAAACGUUUUCAGUCAAAUUCUGAACAGCAACUUUUUCAUUAAACGUCUUCCAGUGUCAGGAAGGUGAGAGGUCUCUGUGGAAGAGGCUUGCGGUUCUCAUGCCUCAUCUCCUGUUUUCAUCCGAUACUUUUUUUUUCUUAAUUGAAUACUCUGGAUUCUUUCCAUAAGAGCUUUAUAGCGAAGGUUAUUUGAUAAUUCUGUCCACGAUACAGGCCUAUUGGCAGUUGGGACAUAACCUGCUGGGAGGUCAUCUUGGGCUGGGUAAACUUCCAUCCAGAGUUCCUCUGAGAUAAGUAUGUCUGGGAAUCCCAAGAGGUUACCAUUGAAGUUGGUUAGAUAUAGAGAUUUCCCAGUCUCUUUGUACUGACGAAGUGCCUCUAUGUAGCUCGGGGUUUCUAUUAUUGAUUCUUGUUUGGCAUGGUCUUGGCUCAUUGGGGAGCGACCUUGUUGGGUGAUAUGUGCGUUUCUGACCUCGGGAGGAACCUCAAAGGGCAGAUUACUGUGGGUGGAUCAGUGUCCUCUUCGAACUCACGCUCUGCAGGGUUGGUCUGAGCUUCUGGAAUGUCUGCUGGCUGAGAGGAGCCUUCUCUGAAAUAUUCCUCAAGAUCGUCUGGACUCAGGGACGUUCCUUCCUCCUUGCCUGUUGCUUGGAGACUGAAUUGGCUUUCAAGGGGUGUGGGGAUAAGAGAAUGAAUAUCUGUGCAUGGAAAUUUGAUAGAAGUCACUGCGGGGUCAAAUGUGUUGGCACUUGAAGGCUUUGGUAAUUGGAGUUCUAGUUUGGGACGCAGUAUGCUGUCUCCAAGUAAGUCAGUGUUUUGCUGGGGCAGAGAUGGACUUUUUUCUUGUUCUCCUGUCAAUCUUGGGCUUGUAAUUCUUGCUUAGCCUUCACCCCCUCCUUUUGUUGAUUUUUGCAAAUUGCAUUCUUCUGCUGAUGGAACUCCGCAAAGAUCUCUUCUUCUUUCUCUAGCCCAGGGCUUUUAACUUCUAGCAUUUCUUGGCAUAGCUUUAGCCUGCUUUUGGCCUCAUGGGCUGAUCCUCAUCAAGAUUCUCCCUUGGAGGUGUGCUUCUAUGAGCAGAAGCAACACCUGUUGCCAUGACUGACAGUUGCUGCAACUGAUUAACCCCUGUGAGAUUCAAGUCGAGCAUAGGGGGCAUAAAUCCCAUGUUUUGAGAUCUCCUUUACUGCACAUCUAAAACUAUCAAGUUCUCUUUGAAGACUCCUGCCUCGGGCCAAGGGGUGAAGCUCAGCUUCAGGCUUUGUGUGGGUAGAACAUGACCCAGAACAGUUUUUACAAUUAAUAGUCCGACAAAGCAUUCUUGGGCAACUGAUGUGGCAGUUAUUGAGUCUGGUGCAUCGUGCCCAGUCUGUUGAUGGAGUCCUUGGUGUGUGAUAACAAACUCAAGAAGAAAACUUUGCUGCCUUAUUGUGAAGAUAGUUUUCAUAGCAGCAAUUGAGACACAGGUUUGCGCGAACUCUGCUAGGCCUUGUUUGGAGUGAACCCGGUUUGGCGUUAAGACCUUUUCAACGCAGCCUUGUUCCCCUCCUGCCAGUUUUGGGAGGAAGAGACUGCAGAAUGAAACGAAGGGACCAGUUCUUCCUCUGUUUAAUUCCCUCGUGGAACUGCUUGUUGUAGUCGGGGACUUGAAUUGCUUGCAUCAAGGAGCUUGCCCAGGCCAGCAGUGUCAUCCCCCCUGAGUUGGUGAUCUCCGUAUCCGUGCUCUGAGGGAUGCUGUGCCACUGGGCUCUCUUGGUACUUCUCCAUAUCAUAGGGUCAGUAAGCAGUGAUCUAGAUGGUCUCCUCGGUUGACUCCUGCUGCUGUCACAUCAGUGAACCUGCAGCAUAGAAGGUCUAGGUCUUUGGUAGCUUAAAAAAUCAGUUUCCUUGCCCUAGCAUAUUUGGUUUGAGUGUUCAGUCCACCCCCUCAAGUAAGUCAUGCAAUGAAUCCAUAAUCGCAGGGCUGAUUCCGAUGUAGAUUGCGAUGCUUAUCUUAGGCCUUUUGAUGAAACCGAUUUGAAUCUUACUCUUCUUCCCCAAUACCUUUGAUAUAUGGUUUUGUUCCUUUUCCCUUGACUCUGUGUGUGCAUGUUUAGGGUUUUGUAGUGGGUAAUUAACCAGACCAUUCUGCCUUGUGCUUUGCCAAAGGCUGAAGCUGUCUUCAUCUUUCCCUUUUUCUUCUCUUCCUUGGCUCUCGACAAACAGUUGGUUCCCCUUCGGAUCCCUGAUUACUACCUGUUGCUGUCCCUGCCCAUCCUUCCACAGGAUUUGGCUUAUGUGAUUGAGUUCCUUAGCAUCCUGGGCUCUGAUACCAAGAGUGAAGCUGCCUGGGCGAAAGUCACAAACUUGUGCAGCUUUUUAAAAAGCUGUUUGUUUUUGUUCUGAGCUAUGAAAAGACCCUGAUGGUGAAUAUGUUUUCACAUGAGGCUGAAGAAUUUCUUAGGAACUUGAUUCGGUUUUCUGCUACAAAAUGUGAAUAGUUAAAGGAACAGAAACCUUUGGAAAUGGUUGGUGUUUCUCAGGAAUAAGCUGCAUCUGCAGUGUUCAGGGAAUGUUUGUGUGUAAAAAUUUGGGGAUGAGAAAAGUGGCCAUAUCAAAAAAAAAAAAUUCUAUCCCUGGGUUGGUUCUAAUUAAACUCCUACAAAGUGUGGCUUUCCAUGUUCUUAAAAGACUUUAAGUUGCAUAAAUGACAGGCCUUACAGGGAUCUCUGGUCCAAGAGAGAGCUUGGUACAAUUCAGAAAUUGGCAUUAAAGUGAUCUACAACCAGGCAGCCUUGAUGGGUUUGAGCUUCGUUGUUAACAUGGGAAAAUGUGAUAACUUCAUUGACCAAAAAAUAUGGAUUAGAAACUCAAUUUUGAAACAAGGAGCCAUUGUAGUAAUUUGUUUUCUCUUGAGGGGAGGGUUGCAGCCAAAUCCCCUUCCCUCUUUUAAAUCCUCUCACCCUCACCUCUGAGACUGAAAGUCUCCCCAAAACCAUGUGAAGUUGUAAGAAGUCCUCUUCUGAUGGUGAUCCCAAGAGGUUUUCUGAACUCCCUGUCAUUAACUGUUUUUAAUUAAACAAAGCCAAGACACCAACUUGAAUACCUAACUGCAGCCAAGAUCAGUAUUCAGAGAGAGAGAGUGUGAGUGUGAGAGAGUGUGUGUGUGUGUGUGUGUGUGUGUGUGUGUGUGUGUGUGUGUUGGGAUGGGAGGGGUGUUGGGAUGCUAUGGGCUGAUAUAUAUCCUCUUCCUGGAAGUUCUUAAGUCAGUGUUUAAGAAACACGUAGGGAGAGGGCCCUUUUGGUCUAGGUGACCCUUAAUUUGCGUUGUCCUUUCUAUAUAGACACUCCCUUUCUGUGCCUCUGGAGACAACCCACCUUUCUUGCUGUGGUCUUCUCCUUGCCAGCUCUGGCAGCAACAUCUGCAGGAUCAAGAAUCAAAUUUCUUCCAAAUCUGCUUCCCUGGAUCCAAAAUGUAAUUUUAAUGUUCUCAUUCAUUGAGUAGAUGAUCCAGAUGCUGAAGACCACUAGGAUUUAGUGAAAUGGCCCUUCCAGGGAUCUGUUGCUGAGAACCUUGUUCUUUUUUUUUCCCACCCCCUAAAGUAUGAAAUUAAGGUCUAAAUCAGUGAGCUUACUUAUUUAUGAUUUAUUGCUGCUGAACAUGAUUGACUCUGCCAAAAGCCAAACCGGGAGAAGAGAGAGUUCUGAAGUCUUGGAACUGAGUCUCUUCCCCACAGAGUGACUGGUUUCAAACAUGUUGAAUGAAUGAAUGGGUGAGUAAGGGGGGUGAGAAGGAGGCAGGUCUCAGCAAGCUGAGACCUUUUUGGCUCGAUCCUAGUCAUAGAGGCUUACAUUUUUCUCGUUAUCCCAAAUGCCAGGUUUUCAUUUCUGAUGACUAGAUUAGAGUCUUCUCUCGACCUGGCCUCAGUUUCCUCGUCUGUAAAAGAAGGAGCUAGACCAGAUGCCUCUCACGUCCCUUGCAGUUUUAGAUCUCGUGACCGUGACUCAGGAAUUGCCAGGUCAAGGGAUGAGGAGCUGUAGUAGGACUAAUUGGACUGAGGGAGCAGUGCGGGGUCAACCCGGGGCCAUCAAGCAGUGACCCCAGUUCGGAGACAUGAUGUGAUUGACAGAGAUCAGGAUCUGAGCAGAAGCAGACAUGGCAAACAAGAAGCCAGGUCAGAAACAUAAGAAAUUGUUUGGUUUGCCAAGCCCGGGCAAAAAUAUCAGAAAUUCUAAUGAGCAGAAAUAGAGGAAGCACCCUACUAGGUUUUAGAUUGAAGUAGGGUAGGAUUCGGGGCAGAACAGCUCUAUCAGCUGAGAAGAGAGUAGAGGCCCAGAGUGCUUGGCUAGACCUGAAGACCUCUUCCACCUUACCCUGGUUUUUCAGUUAAAACACUGAUGUUGUUUUGGUAGAUGUGUGUUUUUAAAGUGAGACCAGCCUCUUUGCCUAAGUUGAACUUUCUAAGGUACUUGCUUUUCUCAGCAGCCAUUUUUCUCCCCCUCAUAGCUGUUAGAGAUUUCCGAAUUAAAAAUGCAGUAUUUUAUAUGUUUGAGUGUCAACAUUUAUCUAAUGACUGAAGAGAUUGAGCAGGUGUUACAUGAUUUCUAAUUAUUCCUUUUCUUCACUUCUUCAUUGUCAGUAAUCAGAUCUAGCAUCUUCUGCCAUUGUGGGAAAGAAAGGCUUAAUGGUGUCAACUCCGUUGUGCCUAGUGGCCCCUUACUGUUGUGUCGAGCUUUAAAAGAGGAUCCUUUCAUUGGGCCAAGGCCUAAGUCCCCUCUGUGUCCCUAGCAUUAUUGUUGUGUUGAAUCAGUGUUUCCUUUGGAGAUUGAAGCCACGGCUGCUGCAGAGUCGCCUGGUUUCUGUCAUCCCCAGGGUCGGUCGGUUGGUCGUUCCUCCAGUCAAACAUUUAUUUAUUGAAUGUCGGCAUAAUUGUGUGCAAAGAGUUCCACUCAUUUUAAGUUCCCCGGUGCUUCAGGUAUUGGUGUCUUUGUGACUAUUUAGACAGGAAUCCUUUCUCAAGUUCCUUCUCUUUUCUUCCCUAGUUGGAUACUCAGCUGUUGGAGCAGUUGCUUUGGGGUUCCUUAUUCUUAAAACCUUUGUUGGCACUUUGCCUUGUGCUCUUAACCACAGAAAUUUCUCACCUUGCAGGAGAGAAAUCUGUCUCCUGUUGCCUGUAUUGGCCGGCAGAGGGCAGUGUCUUACCCCCAGUGCAGAGUUGGAAUCAGAGCUUCCUUUUCCUUUGGCAGUCUUUCCACAGAGUAAAGCAAAGCCCUUCCUCUGCUCCCUUCCCUCUGGUUCAGAGCUUUCCCCACUUUGCACAUCUCUGGACCAGAGGUCUGUGGGCAGUUGGCGGGCUCUUUAUUAAUCUGCGUAACCCAAUCACAUUUAUAGAGGGGUAGAAGGGAUUCAUUUGAAAUGAGUGCUUCAUUCUUAGGAAUCUGUUUGGAUUCUUGACUUUGAGGGGCUUUGACCAUCCCUAUAACUUGUAGCUUUUCAUUUUCCCUAAAUGAAGAUGGGCUUGGAGCCAAGAAGAGGCAGGCCCCAGUUCCCAGGGACCUAAGUCUUGUCAUUGUUUUGCUCAUGGUUUUUGUUUCGGAAUUGAGGUUCUUUUGACCUUAGACUAGAGGCCAAGUCAGAAUUGGAUAUUUUUUCCCCCAAAACUAUAAGCAUUUGGUUGGUACAUAUUUAUUUUCCCAUUUUCCCCUCUGGGGAAUAUUAACUGCUUCCUAUGGGCUGGUCCUGGAAGUUGCUCCCUUUUGUUAAAACUCAGAUACAGGAAAGGUCUUUUGGUUCUCAUGUUAAUCUUUCUGCGCUUUCCCUUUCCUUAAACUCUGCAGACCCGGCAGACUGCAUCUUAUGUCGGGGAUGCCAGAAUAGAAAACCGGAGGCUUUGGGAAAUGUGACUGAGAUGAAACAAGUUCCCUAAGGCAUUUAAACUCUUACUGUUCUCCCUGUCUAAUGAUUGGAGCAGGUGGAGAGAUGCUUGGAAGCUUGAUAAUCAUCUGCCCAAAUGGGGUUCUUGAAAGGGAAGUCUCCUCUUCUGUGUUAGAGAAUAUUGGUUCUUGAAACUGAAGUUACUCAACAUCCCAAGCUUGGAAGACUUCAUGAAUCAAGCAAGUGUGGCAUGCCCAUUCUAGCCCCCACAUUCCUUCCCUACUCUUUAGUCCUGAUCUUAAAAACAAAACAAACCCACCUGUGCCAAGGGUAAUUUACUUGAAACUAUGGGACAAGCCCCAUUCUAUAUAUAGGCUAGAGAUCAGAUUAGAUGAGGAGGAUGAAUGGUCCAUCCCACUUACUAACUUCCCCAUGUCUGUGCUAGUAUCACCGGGCAUUGGUGGUCCAGUGCCUUUCCUUCACCUCAAGAUGGAAUCCAUCUAUUUUCUACCUUGGUGAAGCCACCCUCUUCCUGAAGGGGGUGAGGUAGACCUUGAAGGUGUCUUGGAGAACCCAAAGGACACUUGCAUGUUGGGUGUCCAUUUUAAGCUUCUUUUUAAUAAUCUUUUAUAAAGAAAAUGCUCAUUGCCUUUACCCAGUCCCCCUUAACCCCCUUGUUCUCUUGCCCCUUUCUUUCAGUGCCAUUCUGAAUCAAAAAGCUAUGGCUAGUCAGAAAUUGUGCUGAGACCACCUCCCCUGCCCCUGGCCACCUCCUUACCCAACUCAUCGUUCCCUGUCCUUUCCUUUUCAUUAUCAUUCUGGAUGGAAAUCAGAGGCUGCCAGCCAAGGUCUUUAGGCACUUCUGUAUAAUUCCAUGGGUUUUGUGGGUUUUUUCUUUUGUUUUUGCUUUGGUUUUUAUUUUGUUUUUCAAAACCAACAGGUAUUUGGAAACAUAGGAAAACUCUCACCAAUGGUUGCUGUUAGUUAGAUCAAUAAAGAUCUUGACUAAAA